UGUAGGCAAAGGUGCCAAAUGAGGGUGUUUCUGGGAGUUUGUCGAAAUUUCGCGGCAAACAACUUUGGGAACCGCCCAACGUCGUCGUCACGCCUCAACACGGAUGAUGAUGGCUGCUGGUGGUGCGACACCCGUGGUCGUGCUGCUUCCACGGCUGCUGCGGCUGCCACGGCUGCUGCUGCUUCUCAUCUCGCUGCUACAGACGAACCCGUGCAACGCGUUCGGUGUCGGGGCGCCAGAGUCCGCGUGCAGCGAUGGCCUGGUCCCUGCCAACCAUGGGCAAGCCAUCACAGCCCUGCCUGAUGCACUGCCAGUCACUUUUGACGUGUAUGGGGAGUUCACCUCCUACCGUGUCACGCACUUCUUCCCAAACCACACCUACGACUGUAAGACUGGGUGA